GGGCGCCCACCCGGCGCGAGGCCACCGCCGUCCCUACCGCCGCCCACCCGCCCCACGCGUCCGACCCCGACGUGCCCGCUGCCCACCCUCCGCGCUCCCGCGCUCCGUUCCGCCCAGGCCGCGCCCAGCUGGAAUGCAGAGAUCGCCGCCCGGCUACGGCGCACAGGACGACCCGCCCGCCCGCCGCGACUGUGCAUGGGCUCCGGGCCCCGGGGCCGCCGCUGAGCCGCGCGGCCUCCCCACCGCCCCCGCCGCGCCCGCCGCGCCCGCCGCGCCCGCCUCGCCGCCCAGCCCGCCACGCAGCCCGCCGCGCAGCCCCGAGCAGGGGCGCUAUGGCCUCAGCCCGGCCGGCCGCGGGGAGCGCCAGGCGGCCGACGAGUCGCGCAUCCGGCGGCCCAUGAACGCCUUCAUGGUGUGGGCGAAGGACGAGCGCAAGCGGCUGGCGCAGCAGAACCCAGACCUGCACAACGCGGUGCUCAGCAAGAUGCUGGGCAAGGCGUGGAAGGAGCUGAGCCCGGCGGAGAAGCGGCCCUUUGUGGAGGAGGCGGAGCGGCUGCGCGUGCAGCACCUGCGCGACCACCCCAACUACAAGUACCGGCCGCGCCGCAAGAAGCAGGCGCGCAAGGCCCGGCGUCUGGAGCCCGGCCUCCUGCUCCCAGGCUUGGCGCCGCCGCCGCCGCCGCCGCCGCCCGAGCCCUUUCCCGCGGCCACCGGCCCGGCCCGGGCCUUCCGCGAGCUGCCGCCGCUGGGCGCCGAUUUCGACGGCCUGGGGCUGCCCACGCCCGAGCGCUCGCCGCUGGACGGCCUGGAGGCAGGCGAGGCCGCCUUCUUCCCUCCGCCCGCGGCGCCCGAGGACUGCGCGCUGCGGGCCUUCCGUGCGCCCUACGGCCCCGCCGAGCUGCCCCGGGACCCGGGCGGCUGCUUCGGGGCGCCCCCGGCCGAGGCGCUCAGGACCGCGCCCGCCCCCGCCGCGCCGCUCUGCGGCCUCUACUACGGCGCCCCGGGUGUGCCCGGCCCGGGCCCCUACCCCGGCCCGCUGUCGCCGCCGCCCGAGGCCCCGCCUCUGGAGGGCGCCGAGCCGCUGGGGCCCGCCGCCGAUCUGUGGGGCGACGUGGACCUGACCGAGUUCGACCAGUACCUCAACUGCGGCCGGACUCGCCCCGACGCCGCCGGGCUCCCGUACCACGUGGCGCUGGCCAAGCUGGGCCCGCGAGCCAUGUCCUGCCCGGAGGAGGGCAGCCUGCUCGCCGCGCUGUCCGACGCCAGCUCCGCCGUCUACUACAGCGCCUGCAUCUCCGGCUAGGCCGCCCGGGGCGCCGCGUGUCACCGUGUCACCGCUCUGUCUCUCUCGCAGGCGGAGUUGCCGCUACUCGUCAUAGCCCCGCAGGAACCGGCAACGCCGGGGCUUGGCCGGGCGGAGGGCGCCCCUACGGGGGCGGUCCCCACACGUCCCGGGGCUUGGCCGGGAAGCCCAGGCCUAGGACGUGUGGGCUGGCCCUGCCAGGGCUAAGUUUUUGAAGCGCCUAAUCCUUUUCUUGCCGUGUAUUUUCUAGAACUAGGCUGUAUUUUUUACUUUGCCUUUUUUAUAUACGUGAAACAAUAUAUUUAAUUUUUAAUUAAACUUUUAAACUUUUUCUUGCAAGGGGUUUCAGUGAUGCAAAGCACCAAUGUAGCAAGGGCUCUUUAAAUAACGUUCGUUUGCUGUAAAGGAGGAGCCGGGAGCUGGGUGCCCCAGGCGAGGCCACAAUAAAGUGCCUCUCCUUUC